CAUUUUUCUUGUCUUCGUUUCCUCUAGGCCAUGUUCAAGGCGCGCUUGAGUGUUGUAUGUGGUCGUAUGCAACCUCACCCGGCAAGACUGUCGGUCGCCGCAGGACGAACGUUUACUUCCUCUGCACCGCGGAGUAAACAACGUCUGGUCAUAUUGGGUUCAGGCUGGGGAGGCUAUGAGAUUUUGAGAGAUGUCGAUAAGAAGCGUUGGAGUUAGUCUCUGACUGCGUUCGAGCGAAUGGUGAUGUUGAUAACCCCUUUUUGCAGAUGUCACGAUGGUCUCACCAACCAAUGCUUUCAAUUUUACGCCUUUGCUUGCUAGUUGUGCUGUUGGUACCCUCGAAUUUCGUUGUGCGGUUGAACCGGCUUGCUAUCAGGCCUGGUGUGACUCGAUCGACUUCAAGCAAAAGACCCUGAAAUGUAUGCCUGCCACACCUGCUUUGGAAUUUGGACGAGCUACCUCUGCCCCUGUCGUAGAGACAGCCACAACAGAGAGUUCAUACCCGACUACGGGCACUCCGUUCACCUUACGUUAUGACAAGUUGGUGAUUGCUGUCGGCGCCUACUCGCAGACGUUCAACGUGCCUGGCGUCAAAGAACAUGCGCAUUUCCUUAAAGACGUGCGAGACGCUCGAGCAAUCAGGACGCGUAUCAUAGAUUGUUUCGAGCAGGCCAAUCAACCUGUCCUCUCUGAUAUCCAACGCCGAAACUUACUCAAUUUCUGCAUAGUCGGUGGUGGACCCACUGGUGUCGAGUUCUCGGCAGAGUUGCACGAUUUGCUGCAUGCUGAGAUAGAGAGGCACUAUCCUUCGCUCGCAGCCUAUGCUGAAGACAAGUUCCGGAGAGAUGGUAUUAGCAUCAAAACAAGACACCAUGUGGAACGUGUUGAGAAGGAUCGCAUGUUCGUUAAAGAACAAGGAGAAGUUCCAUUUGGUCUUCUUGUCUGGAGUACUGGAUUAGCCCCUAAUCCGCUUAUCCAGUCAAUCGAUUCUCUUGAGAAACAUGACAAGACACAAGGCCUUUUCACUGACCAAAACCUUAACGUCAUCACAAAGGAGGGCCACGUUGAUCCAUAUGUUUGGGCUAUCGGUGACGCUGCAAACAUCAAAGGCCAGAUCCUCCCUGCGACCGCACAAGUCGCGAAUCAGAAAGGCAGAUACCUGGCGCAAAAGCUGAACAAGAUAGUCAAAGAUCAGGAGCACACAAAACCCUUUGAGUUUCAUAAUAAAGGGAGCUUGGCUUACUUGGGAGACUGGAAAGCAAUCUAUGAUCGGUCGAGUGCUGAUACUGUCAAAACUAAGGAGACCGGUCGCUUGGCGUGGCUUCUAUGGCGUUCCGCAUAUUUCACCAUGACUCUUAGUAUUAGGAACAAGAUUCUGGUGCCCACAUAUUGGUGAGGAUUUUCGGCCGUGAUCUGACGCGCUUCUGAUUUUUGUCGCUGCGCCACUACACCACACUCAUUUCACACUCAUAGACUGUACAGACUUAGAGAUCUUUAGAAUUCAUGUUGUUAUGUUUAUCAUUACAGUGCCAUAAUAUGCAAUCAAUGUAAAACAAGAAAUAACGCAUA